AUGUCAGAAGGUGGAAACACAGCAACCCAGGGCACUACCAAGGGUGCUCAACGCUCAGCAGGGGUCAACAAGGGAAUCCAAUUCCCAAAAGGGGGCAAUGUUGGCGUUCAACACCAGGAAGGGAUCAACAUAAGCUUCAACGCCCAGAUAGGGGAGGCCAAGCACGUUCUAGUUCAGGGAACAUUCAUCCGAAAGAAGCUGAUCAAGAUCCCAUUUGCAGAAGCCCUUGAACAAAUACCCUCCUAUGUCAAGUUCAUGAAGGAUAUAUUGAGCUACAAGAAGGAUUGGAGGGAGGUAGAGACAGUUUUCCUCACUGAAGAGUGCAGUGUAGUCAUCCAGAGGAUCCUACCAAAGAAACUUCAAGACCUUGGAAGCUUUGUGAUACCCUACACUCUCAGAGAUGGUUGUACAAGGAAAGCCCUAGGUAGUCUUGGAACAAGCAUCAAUUUGAUGCCUUCAUCACCACUAAGGAAACUUGGGAUCCAAGAAGUCAAGUUUACCCGCAUCUGCCUUCAACUUGCUGAUGGCUCCAUCAAGUUUCCAUCAGGAGUAGUUGAAGACGUGAUUGUAAGGGUUAGACCCUUUGCGUUUUCCACAGACUUCGUGGUGUUGAAUAUGGAAGAAUACAAGAAUGUAUCCAUUAUUCUAGGGAGACCCUUUCUGGCUAUAGGAAGGACCCUCAUUGAUGUGCAAAAAAAGGAAGUGACACUAAGAGUCAAUGAGGACAAAUUCGUACUAAAUGCUGUCAAGGCCAUGCAGUACCUUGACACCCCAAAGGAAUGUAUGAGGAUUGAUAUCAUCGAACCCCUGGUGGAAGAGGUACAUGUAGUUGAGAGACUUGAGGAGGAGCUGGAUGACAUCCUUGAAGAUGCCAAGCCUGACAUAGAGGCACCAGCAAAACAUGAGGAGACAUUAAAAACUCUUAAAGUAGAGGAUGAUCCUCCUAAACUUGAACUUAAGCCACUACCAUCUUCCUUGAAAUACGUGUUUCUAGGAGAUGGAGACACACUGUAA